AAGAUAUGAAGGAGGUUGCAAUCGAGAGCCUUGUUGUUUUCCCUUUAUCGAUUUUACUAUUAUUAUUGUUCAUUCUCAUAUAUUAUUCUUCUUUUAUCUUUUUUACGUUUUUUCCCACAAUAAUUUGUGGGUUAAUAUAAGUUAGUAAUCUAAAGGGGGAGAAAAGGGUUAAUAUGUUUUGUGGAAAGCCCUAAUUUUCGUUUUUUUGUUUGUGUUGUUGUAUCCUCUCUCAUUGUUCUUGCGGCCGUUUGUUUCUGGGUCUGUCUCUCUCUGUUUGUUCAAUCUUUUUUCAUGGAGAUGGGUUCUGAUGAAGAAGAUCAGAUCAAGAACGUUAAUGGUAACGAGAAUAAGAAGAAAAAGAUUGAUACUUUGAAUAACAAGAAGCGUCAGAUGAAAACUCCCUUUCAACUCCAAACUCUGGAGAAAGUUUAUGCAGAGGAAAAAUAUCCAUCAGAGGCGACGAGGGCUGAGUUGUCUGAGAAGUUGGAUUUGUCUGAUAGACAGUUACAGAUGUGGUUUUGCCACAGGAGGUUAAAGGACAAGAAGGAUGGCCAGGUCAAGAAACCGGUUCAACCGGCUGCUCCUGCUUUGUCUUCGGUUAAUGAGCUACCGGCUGCUGGAUCUGGUUCGGGUUCUGGCUCAGGCUGCAGCCCUUAUUUGGAGUCAAAGAGGAACUUUGAGAGUGGUAGUGGUAGCUCUGGAGAUGAAUUGGAUGAAUAUGAGACAAUGGGGAAAGGUGUGUACGAGCCACCACGGUUGUCUGUGAUGGUUCGUAGAGCCAUUGCUUGUAUUGAGGGUCAGUUAGGAGAGCCAUUGAGAGACGAUGGACCGGUACUUGGCAUGGAGUUUGAUGCAUUGCCUCCUGGUGCUUUUGGAACACCUAUAGGAAUGCAGGAGCACCAAGGUCAUCCAUAUGAGAGCAAAAUGUAUGAGUCACAUGAUGUCCGACAUCGAAGAUCUGCUCCUCGUUCUUUCAAUGAGCAACAAUCACUGGAUGAUCCGUCUUCCUACACACCAAAGAUGUCUGGGCGGUACUCUGAAAGUCAAGCACGUGGCAUGGACUAUGAAACUUCACGAUCUAAGAGUCCAUCAUAUAUGCAUGGGAAUGGGCCUCUACCAAGGUCUUAUGGUACACAUGGAUAUACAUCUUUCAACGGUUCUACAUCUCAACAAGACAUGCCUAGCCCCAUUGUCCCAUCAGCUCAUGGUGAUAGCUUAAAGAUAAACGAUGGUAGAGUCGGUAGAGGGAGUGGACAAAAAGAUCCUGAGAAGCUAGAAAUUCAGAGGAAAAAGUAUGAAGAACGCAUGAAAAAGGAGAUGGAAAGGCAUGAGCGUGAGAGGCGUAAAGAAGAAGAGAGGUUGAUGCGUGAAAGAAUAAGGGAAGAGGAAAAGUUACAGCGCGAACAGCGACGUGAAAUGGAAAGACGAGAAAAGUUUCUACAGAGAGAAAACGAACGUGCGGAGAAACAGAAGCAAAAAGAUGAGAUUCGCCGGGAGAGAGAUGCUAUAAGACGCAAGAUUGCCAUUGAGAAGGCAACUGCACGUAGAAUUGCUAGAGAGUCUAUGGAUCUAAUUGAAGAUGAGCAGCUAGAGCUGAUGGAUUUGGCUGCUACUAGCAAAGGAUUGUCCUCGGUGUUACAGCUUGAUCAUGAUACGUUGCAAAACCUUGAACUGUAUAGAGAUUCUCUGAGCACAUUUCCACCAAAGGCUUUGAAACUGAAAAUGCCGUUUAGCAUUUCUCCAUGGAAGGAUUCUGAGGAAAAUGUUAGAAGCCUUCUAAUGGUUUGGAGAUUCCUAAUAUCAUUUUCUGAUGUUCUAAACCUUUGGCCUUUUACCCUGAAUGAGUUUAUUCAGGCUUUUCAUGACUAUGACUCAAGAUUACUGGGGGAGAUACAUAUUACACUUCUGAGAUCAAUAAUACGAGAUAUUGAAGAUGUUGCUAGAACACCUUAUAGUGGAAUUGGAAAUAACCAAUAUACUACAGCCAAUCCUGAGGGUGGUCACCCCCAGAUAGUUGAAGGGGCUUAUGCAUGGGGCUUUGACAUUCGUAGUUGGAAAAAGCAUUUGACCCCACUAACAUGGCCUGAGAUACUGCGCCAAUUGGCACUCUCCAGUGGAUUUGGGCCUAAGCUGAAGAAUAAAAAUUCCCCUGUGACACAAACUGCUCAGAAGGAUGAGGCUAAAGGUUGUGAAGAUAUCAUUUCUACUAUUCGCAGUGGUUCAGCUGCUGAAACUGCUUUUGCAUCAAUGCUGGAGAAAGGGUUACUGGCUCCACGCAAGUCGAGGCAUCGGUUGACACCUGGAACUGUCAAAUUUGCAGCCUUGCAUGUUCUGUCUCUUGAGGGAAGCAAGGGUCUGACACUGUUAGAACUUGCCGACAAGAUUCAGAAAUCUGGACUUCGGGACCUGAGCACAAGCAAGACACCAGAGGCUUCUAUCUCUGUUGCAUUGACAAGAGAUGCGAAGCUCUUCGAAAGAAUAGCCCCUUGUACUUAUUGUGUACGAGCUCCUUAUGUGAAGGAUCCUGCGGAUGGAGAGGCAAUACUCACAGAUGCUAGGAAGAAGAUAAAGGCAUUCGAAAAUGGAUUUAUCGGUCCAGAAGAUUUGAAUGAUCUUGAAAAGGAUGAAGACUUUGAAUGUGAUGUUGAUGAGGAUCCUGAGGUUGAUGAUUUAGCCACUCUGGCAAGUGCCUCUAAAGGUACUGAUCUUGGUGUAGUGAAUGGUUUGUCUGGAAAGGGAGAGGAAGAUGCUAUGUCCUGUGAUGUUAAAGCAGACGUAAAGAAUGAGGUGGAUAAUAAUAAUAAUAAUGAUGAUGUGGUUGAAGAUAGCAACCAGGGCCAAUCAUGGAUUCAAGGUCUUACAGAAGGGGAUUAUUGUCAUCUAAGUGUUGAAGAGCGCCUUGAGGCCCUUGUUGCUUUGAUCGGCAUUGUCAAUGAAGGAAACUCCCUCAGAGCUAGUCUUGAGGAUCGUAUGGAAGCAGCAAAUUCUCUUAAAAAGCAAAUGUGGGCUGAAGCACAGUUAGAUAACAGCUGCAUGAGAGAUGUACUUAAGCUUGACAGAGACCCUUCUCAACUUAUGAUUGAAUCAAACCAAGAGGCCGCUCAAGAUAAUUGUUUUUCAAAGAGAUCACGCUCACAGUUAAAAUCAUAUAUAGGCGACAAAGCAGAAGAAGUGUAUCCCUACAGAUCUUUGCCCCUUGGACAAGAUCGGCGACACAACCGUUACUGGCAUUUUGCUGCAUCAGCAUCUAAAACUGAUCCUUGCUCGGGGCUUAUAUUUGUUGAGCUCCAUGAUGGCAAGUGGCGCCUCAUUGAUUCAGAAGAGGCUUUUGACACUCUGGUUGCGUCACUGGAUAUGCGUGGGAUCAGAGAAUCUCAUUUACGCAUAAUGUUGCAAAAGAUUGAAGGAUCAUUUAAAGAGAAUGCUUGUAAGAGUGUUGUGAAUCAUUCUCCUGGAGAUUCUGUGAGCCCAUCUAGUGCUGUUUUGGGGUCUAAUUCUGAUUCGAUGGAAACUUCAACUUCUAUCAGAGUUGAGCUAGGGAGAAACGACAGGGAGAAUGAGAGUUUAUCAAAACGGUUCCAUGAUUUUCAGAGAUGGAUGUGGACUGGGACGUACAGCUCAUUACCUUCUUGUGCUAGGAAACAUGGGAAGAAAAGAUGUGAACUGUUAGCGACAUGUGAAGUGUGUGUUGCUUCUUAUCUAUCUGAGUAUACACACUGCACUUCUUGUCACCAAAGAUUAGACAUGGUUGAUAGUUCAGAGAGAAAGAUAUUAAGUUCAGGUUUGACUGCAUCUCCUCUUCCUUUUGGAGUCAGAUUGCUCAAAGCAUUACUUGUUUUUCUUGAGGCAUCUGUUCCAGAUGAAGCUCUUGAAUCAUUCUGGACAGAGGAUAAAAGAAAAAAUUGGGGGUUUAGAUUGAAUGCUUCAUCAUCAUCUGAAGAGAUUUUACAGGUCUUGACUUCCUUAGAGAGUGCAAUCAAGAAAGAAUCUCUGUCAUCCAAUUUUGUAUCAGCAAAGGAGCUCUUGGGAGCUGCUGAUGCUGAUGAUUCAGGAUCAGUGGACGUUUUUCCAUGGAUACCAAAGACAGUAUCAGCGGUUGCUUUGCGACUCUCAGACCUUGAUGCAUCCAUUAUUUACGUGAAGCCAGAGAAACCUGAGAUAACCCCAGAAGAUGAGAAGGAGCAGAUUAGCUUAUACCCUGGAAACUCUCUUAUCAAAAGCAAAGGAGCCAAAGACCAAGACGAGGCUGUUCCAAACUCGGGUAAAAAAAGUAAGAAACGACGAGUCAGAUUUGGUCCUGUAUCAAACAGAAAGGUGAAGAGGAAGAAAGUGCAAGGGAGUUCAAACAUAUUUGUCGCUGGUAGGAGCAAUGUUGCAGUUGAUAGGAACUUAGUGAGCGUUGACGUUGAGAUGAACCAUCAUCAAGUCCCUGGAAGAGGAAAGAGGACGGUUAGAAAAAGACCAGAGAGGAACGAUGAGGACAGUUAUCGCUUAGUCAGCAGAAUGGCUGACAUUGUUAGGCCUAACAGCGAAGAAGUUGAAGAGGAGGAAGAAGAAGAGCAAACAUUCAGAGACAUUAAUAAAGAUUGGGCUAGUGAAACUCCUAGAGAGAUGACGCCUAUGCAGGUGGAUGAUGAAUCAGAGGAUGAUGAUGAUGAUGAGGGUCAGUUUGUGGUUUACAAUCAAAGAAACAAGUGGGGACUAGAUUGGAAUAGUAACACAAAUGAAGCAAUGGAGGCUGAUGAGGAAGAAGUUGUUGGGGUUGAGCGGGUUGGAAGAGAAGAUGUUGCAGAAAUGAGUGAGAGCUCUGAAGAUGAUAAUCAUGAUGUACCUGCUAACAAUGCAGCAGCAAAUAAUUACGAUAGUGGAUCAGAGGAUUACAGCAGCAGUGAUUCAUGAAUUGAGGUGUAGCAUGUGGAGAGGGAAGAAGAUUACAUUCUUGAAGACAUGUUUUCUAGGGAGAAAAGAAAGUGAUUAGUAUCAGAAUAGUUCUCACCAUCAAUAUAAGAAUAUUUCUGAUUGGUUUGGUGAAAUCAAGUAGCCAAGGCAUAUAUAUAUUAGCAAAUGCCUUUGUUAUCGUAAACAUAAUAACUUCAUUGUUUUGUUGAGUAUAAGUUAUGAUUUUUGUGUCAAACUCCAAGGCUUAAUGAUCUCCCUUUCG